CGUAACGUAGGAGCUGGUAGGAGCCUGCUGUGUUGUUACGUCUUGAUCUGAUGGCAAAAUAAUAAAAUUAUCUCGUGAUUCUUCGAAACCUGCUUCGAGAUGCUGCGAAUGGUGGGCUGUGUUGCAAAUAUAGGUCUUAUGGUACACUUGAAUGUGAUGAUAGCCACCGAUUGGUGGUAUGGGCAGAGAGAUCUGUUCGGUCCAUAUCCCAGAAUACCAGACAAGGACAGGCUGAAGAGAGAAAUUGAGUUCGCAAAGGAAUGCAGGGAGUUUAUCAAGCCGCCUAAAGCCUGUGUCUAGUCUGGAUCCGAGGUUAAGGGAACUUCGUUAACUCCAAUUGUACAAUUGUAGUGAAUAUGUAUGAAUAUGCGUUCCCAGAGGAAGAUGUAGAAAUAAAUGUUACAUUAAUUUAUAAUAA